AAGCCACAAAUGAUUACAUAAUUACUUCAAUCCUGGCCGAUAAUGCCGUUUCACGGACGGCUGCGCCAGGGGACGCGGGCGACGUUGGCAGCCUGCAGGCAUAAACCGCGUGCUUGUUGCAAGCACGUUGGCCCACAUCUUGCACACUCAUCGCCAGUGGCCGAGUCGUAACAGAUGACAGAGCUCGCGGGAACGUUUGGCAUUCUCUCGCCGGCCUCGUCCUCGUCACCAUCUCGGCGGACGUUUCUGUGGUAGGCGACGCAGUGCGAGUGUCGGCGAGGCAAAGAAAGUGGGUGGUUCGCACGAUGUACCGUUGCCGUCAUGUAGCCGACGUCUGAACCGCGAGGAAAGCGGGUUUCUUGCAAGGAAUGUAGUGCAGACAGUGUCAUCGCAGUGGGAAAGACCGUGGCAUCGAGUGCGAGUGUCGUCUGGAGUCGAACCGUGUUUGUGUGUGUUGUGUUGUGAUGGUGGGUGGCGAGGAUCUCGCGCACCGCUACUGCGACUGCUGCUCCGACGGGGGCGAGGACCAUCAGUUCCUGGAGCCUCCCUUGCUGAGAGGCCUCUCGCCUGCGCCCUGGCUCACCCCGGACGGCUCCCUGCCCCGGGGCCGCUCGCCGCUGCCCUGGCUCACGCCGGACUCCUCUCCCGCGUCGUCCCGCAGCUCCGAUGCCCCGCCGCUGCCCCCGAGGCCCGUCCCGAGGUCGCCCGUCAGGAGCAGCCCCCUGGCCCUGCGGGACGCCCUCUACGCGGCGCGGCUGCCACUGCCCGUCCACCAGCCGUCGCCAUGCCACUGCGACGGCUGCACGCCCUCUCAGCAGGACGAGGACUCCAUCUACGAGGAGGUGGGCUUCCAGUAUUACUCAAACCCGGGCUUCGCGGGCGCCCUUGCCUCCGUGGGCCUGGAGAAGCCCCCCAGCCGCUGCCAGUGGAAGCGCGGCUCCUUGGGCGGCCCGCCGGACGACAGGGCGACGUGCGGGCUCCUGGGAACCAACGCCGUCGUCUUCCCCGACGCCGUGUUCCCCCUCAAGUCGAAGCCGUCGUCCACUAGCUCUUCGGGCGUGGGCGGCGUGCUACGCUCGCUGGGCGUGUGUGGGCGGACGGCCUCGCACUCUACUGUGGUCGAAACAGUGUCCACUUGCACGCUGGAUGACUUGGGCUCCGGCCAGAGUGCGUACGGCAGUGGCACCUAUGGCAGUGGUACUUACGGCAGUGGCACCUAUGGCAGUGGCACCAACGGCAGUGGCACCUAUGGCAGUGGCACCUAUGGCAGUGGCACCAAUGGCAGAGACGCAUUCAAAAGUAACAAGCCGUCGUCACACUCUCGGCGGAAGGGAAAGCAACUUAUAGCUCAUGAGAUGGGUCUACAAGUUCUUAGUCUCCAAGGAGUCACUUAUUAG